AUGUUCUGUAAGCAUGCGAAUAAAAAGCUCAAAAAUUUCAGAUACUUUGCUGCUGCUGCGUUUGUGCUGUGCACGAAUGUAAUAGGAAAACAAGCUCUGGAAGCUCGUUUCAUUACCAAAGAUGAUUUCGAUGAUGGUGUUGGUUACGUAUACCAGAUCAAUGAUAGCAUUUAUGGUUCGUUCGGUUGUGUGCUAAUGAACUCUCAUCUGGAGACAAGUUUAUGUAUUUUCAUUUCUUUUUUCCAGGACGUCGCCGAUGCCCCACAGCACUUCGGCACUGUGUUGGGCGCUUCACUCCAACCUGGCGAUGUCGCACAAUCACUUAUUCGUUGUCGUCAACUAUGUGUUGGUGAUUGGCUACUCUGGAGAGAUGCUGGAGCGUACACGAUGCCGCUCGAUGCCGAACAUGCGGUACCGCCGGUGUAUUAUUUUGCCGGCGUUGAUAAGUGGUAAGU